AUGGAAGAAGAAGACGGAGCUACUAACAAUGAACUUCUCUUGGUUGCAGCUAAACAAGAUUCAGAAGAUAUUCUUGAAGACAUAUUUACUCAACCUGACACUUAUGAUAUAAACUAUGCUGAUAGUAUAGGAAACACCGCUCUUCAUUACGCUGCUCAAUAUGGUUCUCUAUCUGCUCUUGAAUUAAUCUUACAACAACCUAAUGUUAAUAUCGAUGCUCGGAAUCGUUUAUUGCAGGAAACUCCCUUGCAUAAAGCAGUUCAAUAUACUGAUGAUCCAUCGGUUUCUUAUGAAAUUGUACAGCUUUUGAUUGAUUAUGGUGCGGAUCCGAGAAUACAAAAUAAGAAUAGGCAAACUCCAAUUCGACUAGUUGAUUCUGGUAAUCAAGAAUUAAAGAGUUUGCUUCAAAAAGCAACUUUAGCAUUACAAGUGUCAUUUUUCAAUUCAUUGGCGAUAACUCGAUGA